AUGGACAUAAAGUCACCGAAGAAUGGUUCCAAUGGUUCCGCGAAUCAACGAAAGCGACCAGAAAUGGCAUUAUAUAAGCCGGGAAUGGGAAAGAUCCUUGCUAAGAAAGCAGAUAAUGGUGACACCAUCGGUGUGCAAAGCAAACCAGACAUAAGUGGCGAUGACUUAAGGCAUGAGAUAAUGGUUGAGUCGCCGAAGACGGACUCCAGAAGUGAUUUGAAGUCUAAUAACAAUAAUAGCAACAAAUGUGUGGCGAAGAAGCCGGACAUCAAAGUGUAUGUUCCGCCCAAACAAAGCACCGGACAAUCGGCCACUCCUUCCACCACCGCAUCCGACAACAAGACCGCCACCGCUGACACCAAAGCUGCCGUUCCCGCAGACAAACCACAGCCAAAACCUCAGAGGAAUAGUGUUCCGCAAAACACUGAUAAUAAUCACAACCAAAGACAACUUCAAAACAGUAAAUCAGGAAAUAAUAGACAAAAAUGGGACCGAAAUGAAAGACAACAACAGGAGAAGAGCAGCGAAAGACGUGAUAAUAAGUCAUCGAAAUAUGAGAAAAGGCAAAGACAUCACAACAACACGAGUGACAGGUCUGACAGACAGACAGAUAGACUGGAGAGGAAUGACAGGACAUCACAGUCUAAGACCAACGUUGCGGACAAAAGUGGAGAAAAUAUGGGUUCAAGUAAUUAUGAAUCAAAUAAAAGCCAAACCAUUGAAGUGUCGCAUAAAGUGGACUAUAAAGAGGAGACAACUCAUAGAAAAACGAAACCAAAUGAGCCAAAAGUGGUCCACAAUAUGCCCGAAAAGCAUAAACACGACAAAUACGAAGACUAUGAGGACUACUAUAACGUGGAGUUCAAUCCAAUCCACGCCAAUGUCGACAGAAAUGAAAAAUUUACUAAUAGUUACAGUAAUAGUAAUCAACGAAACAGUGGUACAAAUGUGGAGAUGCCUGUCCCUCGAAAUGAUGGCAAUUAUAACACAAAUGACAACAAGUCUCGUGUAAAGCAUGAGUCGGCGUCUAAUAAACGCAAUUUUACGGCAAUUAAAUCGCAACACAAUCACAACAGAUAUGUGAAGACAUUUGAACACCAAAUUCCGCCCCGUUUUCUAAAACAACAACAAUUGAAAAAACAAAACUCAGAACAGACACAACAAACUCAUUACGAGAACCAAAGACGAGAUUCUCUGCGAGAGUCGACAUCUCAGACACAGACAGCUAAUGCCGAAGCGGGUCCACAGCGAGGACUCAUACGUCUGCCCAACAGUCAGAUGACACCAAAUGAUUGGUCGGCACAACAGCCCAACACCAGUCACCACCAGAACCGGUCGCUUAACGCCAGCAAACCCACUGUAGCCAUACGUCCCACACAACACGUGACAGCAGCCAAUCCGAUCCAAUACUCGCCCUCUUCGAGUCCGGACACGAACUCGUUGUCCACAACAGUCGAUAAUUAUCAGCAAUUGUCGCCAUAUUUGCGGUCAAACAACGAGUACGCGAUUCCGCACUUCAUGUCGGCCGCAUCGGUGGAAAACACGGAGAAUUCGCGCCGAAAAUUGAAGCCAAUUAUCGAGAAGAGUCUGAACGAGGCGUCGGCCGCCGAGACGGACCUCUCUGUCUGUCACGACCCCCAGAAAGUGGAACAAAUCCGAUACCGAAUCCAAUUGCGUUACGAACACAUUAUACUCAAUGAUCUGCGCUUUUGUGCCGAAACUAAUGUCGAGCAGCGCUUAUGGAAGUCAGCCUUCUAUCAGUUCAUUGAGCACUACCGGCGCCUAAUGGAGCAGAACAGCGAACAACAGUCGGAGCUCAAGACAUGUCUUCAUAAGAUCAUAGACGAGGCGUCGCUCUUCUUCGAGAACCUAUUGGUUAAAAUGCAAGAGACGUAUGGCUUUGUCAUCGAGAAGCUGUUGGCCCACGAGUACGACUCCGACAACUCGGAGAACUACGAGACACUGAAACUGGUGUCCAUUUCAGCCCAAAAGAUAUAUCUCUAUUUAGGAGAUCUCUCGCGAUAUCGGGAAUGCGAGACAAAGAACUCGACUUUUGUUAAAAGCAAAUUCUUUUACUUAAGAGCACAGAUGUUGGCGCCGAAGAACGGCCGCAGUUAUAAUCAGUUGGCAUUACUGGCGAUGUAUCAAAACAGACGCUUAGAUGCCGUCUAUUACUAUAUGAGAAGUUUGGCCGCAAGUAAUCCCUUCCUAACUGCCAGAGAGAAUCUGUUGACUAUUUUUGAUGAAUGCCGGCGAAAGUACGAAUUGAACGAAAAGAAACGAAACCAAGACUUAGAAGCAAACCGUCGAAAACGAAUGGAAGAGUUGGAGGGUUUGGCGGCCGAUAAGAAUCGACUCGAGAUUUGGAUCCGUUCUGAUGGCUCUUCUGCGGUGAUUAACAAUUAUAAGCAGUUAUUCGAAACCGAUUCCGACGCCAAGAAAGAGAAUUUGGAUUCACUUUCAUCCGUUGAUUUAAACAAACGAUUUGUUCUCAGUUUCCUUCACACUCACGGAAAACUUUUCUCAAGAGUUGGUAUGGAAUCAUUUGUUCCGGUUGUUAACCAAAUGUUAGCAGAGUUUCAAUCACUUCUCCGUCGAUCACCCAUUCCUGUAAUGUCUCAACGAUUGUCACAACUGUUGGCAAUCAAUAUGUUUGCAGUUUUCCACACAUCACUCAAAGGUAUGGAUAGUAAACCAGUUUUGUAUUCAUUUAAUUUACAUAAUAUGCUAAUACCACAUAUGACUACAUUUUUAGACACAACCUAUGGUUCAAACUGUCGUUCCCUUCUGCAGGAACAGGCAAUACAAGUGACGCUCGCAAUGAUGUCAUUAAUACUCGAAUGCGCUAUCAAUACACUAAAAGUCCAAAAGGCUUCCGAAACUAAUUCUGAUAUCAUUUCUGACGAUUUGACGGAAUUGUUGCCAACGAUUAAGUUAUGGACCGAUUGGAUGUCAUGUCAGAAGCAGCUGUGGUGUCCGCCACCCCCUCCCUCUGACUUCAGAAUAAAUUGUCGCGCUGAUGGAGAUAUUUGGACCCUUUUCGCAGAAUUUUUGACUUUAUUAACGAAAAUCAAUAUCCGAAGUGUGAAACUGUUUGGCAGCAAAUUAGAGGGCUGUGAGCCUAUCAUACUUCCAGAGGACACCUCUUUGGCCGGCUUUCUACCACUGCUGGGUUCCCCACAAUGCGUUCAAUUCGCACAACCAAACUAUGAUAAAGAAAAGGCGAGAACCUGUUUGCGUUUGACUGCAAUUCAAUAUUUCGGUGACUAUUUGUGUGGAAUCGUUGAGCCGUACCUUAAAUAUGAUGUCGAGAACAAGGGUUUCGUAUCACUCAUACCCACAUCCGUUACCCCCACUGACGACCAAACGAUUAUCAAAGAAUUUAGUGAAUUAGAGAUUUCGGAGACGGAAACCGAUGAAUACUCUUAUGAAUUAUCUUCUGCCGAGACUAACAAUACAAUGAGUAAUGAUUCUGAUGUGAAAAGUCCGGAACAAAUGGAAAUCGAGAAGUUGUGGUCACUUCAGGAGAAACUCAAGAAAGCGAAAGACAAACAAGAAUUAAUGAAACAGACGGUUGACGCCGUAUUAACCGAAGAGAACCAAAACAAACCGUCUAGAAUUGUAGUGCAGCCCCGGUAUGUCAUACCCGACACCAACUGCUAUAUCGAUCAUUUGGACAAAAUUAAGCGAAUUAUUGAAUCGAAAUAUUAUGAACUCAUUGUUCCGUUAAUCGUGAUUAAUGAGUUGAAUGGACUCAAGACUCGUGGCAUUCAGACGACUAAACCGUUGACUUUUAGCGACGACCACACGGGCCAAGUGGGCAAAGCAGCCCUCGAGGCCAUGGAGUACUUGGUGUCCGCUUUUAACGACAAGAGUUUGAGAUUAAAAGCUAUUACAUCGAAGGGAUCUCUUUUGGAAUCCAUUAAUUUCAUCAGCGAAUCAAUUACUGAUACACAGGGCAAUUCAAACGACGACUUCAUUCUCAGCGCUUGCUUUCACUUCAUUAAAGACAAACCCAAAGAAAAGGCUACGAAAGAAAGUGAUAUGAAUUCAGAUGAAUCAAACAGUAUUUUUAGAGAAGUAGUACUUUUGACGGAUGACCGCAAUUUAAGAGUCAAAUCGUUGGGACAUAACGUUCCGGUCAGAGGUUUACAGCAUUUUGUGAAAUGGGCGGCCAUUCCUUCCGAUGCAAAUCAUGUUAAACACAAAUAAUUGAAUACAAAAAACCAUUAGAAUUACCGAUUCGUUAGGAAUCUGUGGCUACAAAAUCAUGUCUAGAGUCCGAUGUACUGACAAAAAAGUUUAGAAAUAUACUAAAAAACGCAAAGUUAUUCUCAC